UAAGACCACAUGCAUAGCCCAUCGUCCGUACCGUAGUUCCUCAAUUUAAGUUUGCACAAUUGGAUGUCCUGUUGCCCAUGGCAUGGUUCGCCCUCAACUUCCAACGGUCAACCAAUUCUUCCCGCCGAAGUCUGCCAAUGGUCAUUUGAACUUGGUCUCCGCAAGGCAGCAAUGCCUCUCUCUCCUAAAGGACUGCUCUUCCCCGAAACAACUCUCUCAGAUUCAUGCUCGCAUCCAAAUCUUUGGACUCCACAGAGAAGGCCACGUCGUGAGCGAACUCGUCCGAUUCUGUGCCUUAUCGCCGUCUGGAAACUUGAGCUAUGCCCGACACAUCCUCUGUCACUCGGACGACGGUUCGGUGCCCUUCUCAUGGAACUGCCUCAUUAGGGGUUAUGCAGCCAACGACUCUCCGAGAGAAGCCAUUUUGGUCUAUCUUGCCAUGCGCAGCCGUGGAACCAGACCCAAUCACUAUACCUUCCCGUUCCUCCUCAAGGCCUGCGCUCAGAUUUCGGCUCUCCAAGAAGGGCGGCAAGUUCAGGUGGAUGCUGUGAAACAUGGUUUGGAUUCUGUUGUUUAUGUUCAGAACACUUUGCUUCACUUUUAUGGGUCUUGUAAGAAGAUUCUUGAUGCACUGCAGAUGUUUGAUGAAAUUUCUUGCAGAACGUUGGUUUCUUGGAAUGCCAUCAUAACAGCUUGUGUUGAGAAUUUAUGGUUAUACGAGGCGAUUGAGAUUUUCAUUAAGAUGAGGAAAUGUGGGUUUGAUCCCGAUGAGACCACAAUGGUGGUCUUGCUCUCCGCUUGUGCAGAGCUUGGGAACUUGACUUUUGGGAGAUGGGUUCACUCCCAAGUGAUAGAAAGUGGGAUGACCGUGAAUUGCCAACUGGGCACAGCUCUUGUUGACAUGUACGCCAAGUGCGGAGCCGCCAGGAGUGCUAGCCUAGUGUUCAAUGGAAUGCGAGAACGAAAUGUAUGGACAUGGAGUGCAAUGAUUCUCGGGCUCGCCCAACAUGGAUUUUCUACUGAAGCCCUUGAGCUGUUCUCAAAAAUGAUGAAAUCCUCUGUUAGUCCCAAUUAUGUUACCUUUCUUGGGGUCCUUUGUGCAUGUAGCCAUGCUGGACUGGUGGAUGAUGGGUACCAAUUCUUCCAUGUUAUGAAGAGUGUGCAUAAGAUUAGACCUAUGAUGGUACAUUAUGGUGCCAUGGUGGACAUUCUGGGUCGUGCUGGCCGUUUUAAAGAGGCGUAUACCUUUAUCAUGAACAUGCCUAUUGAGCCUGAUUCAAUUGUAUGGAGGACGUUACUCAGUGCAUGCAGCAUUCAUAAUAAUGUUAAUGACCGUGUUGGGGUAGAGGAGAAAGUGAGAAAGCGGUUACUUGAAUUAGAACCAAGGAGAGGUGAAAAUUUUGUUAUGGUUGCUAACUUGUAUGCAGAAGUUGGGAUGUGGGAGAAAGCUGCAAAUGUGAGGAAGAUUAUGAGAGAUGGAGGACUAAAGAAGAUGGCUGGGGAGAGUUGCAUCGAGGUAGGAGGGUUUAUCUGUAGAUUCUUUUCUGGAAAUGAUUCCCAGGUAGGUUGUGAGAGUGUCUACCAGUUACUAGACGGAUUGAACUUUCACAUGAAGACCGCAUGCUGCCUUUAAUUGAUAUAAGUAGUCAUGCUGCCUAUUUGUAGACUUGUAGUGCAGUAUGCAAAAAUUAUCUGUAGCACAAGCUGUCUCUCCCUGAUUUUCUUUCUCUCCCCUUGCAUGCAUCUUAACAUUCUGGUUCCCUUUUUUAUUUUUGUAAACCUAACCUUCAACUAAUUUGAGUACAUAUACAUGGCAUGGAUGGGAAAUUGUUCUACUUUA